GAUCCCGGUGGAUUUCUCCAUGGCCGGCUCAGCAGAUGGAUCGACCUGGCGUAACCUCAGCGUGAAGCACAGCGUGACGUUGCCCAAUGGUGGAUCAGCGGGGUUGAUGGUGGGACCCUUCGUGCUUUUGGACCUCACUGGACAGGCGGCCUCGCGAAGUUCGGGAUCCGAAGCGCGCUGGGCCACGGAGACCCACCCGGCCAAGGUCGAGGCUGUAGACCUCACAACGCCGGCCCCGGUGCAUUUGGCCUUCACCAGUACGGUGCCCCCACCGCCGGCCACGAGCACGGCAGCGCCAGCCGCGGCACAGAGGGUGGCAGAGGCGGUGAUGAAAGCCUCCGAGCAUUCGCAGCUCCCGGUGCCGGAAGAACUGGCCUCCGCCGCCGCCGCCGGCGCGGCGGCCGCGGAUCGGCCCGAGGGGUCGCUGUCGCCCGAGGCUAUCGCGGAAGUAGCCAAGGGGACCGGAGUGUCAACUCCGAUUCUGCAGAGGCUCAAGAGCUCUCUGAAGGCUGUGGAUUGCAAGUACUACGGUGCCAUCAUGGCCAUGUGGAAUAGCGCCAGCUUGGCGCGCGACGGCACGGAUGUGGCCAUCAAGGUGAAGAAAGUCGUCGCUGUCUCUGCGGACGCGGGAUUUUCAGUGGAGCAACAGGUAUAUUUCUACAACUAUAGCCUCCUUCGCCAUGGCGAACCUUUCGGGGGCACCUGGGGCACCCUUCGAUCUCCUGCAGGCCCUUCGGGGGUGAUUGCAGAGGUGCUCAGGGCGUCAGAUGCGGCAGGACUGGAUUUGGAGAUGCAGCCGCGGUUGGCUGAGGCCGCGGUUCUGGAAACCCAAAGCUCACAGCAACAGGCUGCGCUGCUGAUGCUGCUGAAGGCAGCAGUGCUCAGCACCACCACGGACAGUGCCACCUACUCCAAGCCCACGUAUCACAAUGCCACGGGGGCGGCGAAGCUGGUGGGGGAAGAGGUGGCACAGGCGGUGGCCAGCCUGGAUGUGGAUCCUCAGACGAAGCUUCAGGUGAUCUCUGCCGCUGCCGCGGCAGCGCAAGAGGCGGAAGGGCACAGCUCCACCACGACCAGUUUCGACGGUGUGAAGUUGGUGGUGGAUGCUGCGCAAGACGCCGGUAUCAAGGCACAGCUAGAGCUAGCUACCUGA